AUGUCGAGCAAAUACAGUGCACUUCCUGAUAUUGACACUCAACAAGAUGUUUACGAGACACCCGAUUCCCCUGAUGAAGCCGAAGUCUCUGACGAUGGAUUUUUAAACGUGGAAGAACCUAAUGAAGAUAUUGUUCAGGACAAAAUUUCACUCAGCGAGGCCGCGGACAAGUUUAAGAGUAAUGAUGCGAAUGGUGAUGAUUCUGAACUUAAUCGAAUCACUCGCCAUAAGAAACAGAUAUACAAAAAAGUUGUCAAUCAGGCAUUUUUAGACACGACUGAAUAUGAGAUUGUUCCAAGAGAUCCUACAUUGCAGGAAACUCCGGUACAAAAACUGAGAAGGUUGAUGUUCGAAGUACAAGAACUUGGAGAGGAAAUUGAGAAAAAGAAGGACGAUGUAGCAUCACCUCAAAUUCCUCAGAAUAUAUUAUCAUCGCAUAUAACAAGCUUAAAUAACGAACUUUCACGCAUUAGUCAAUCCUUGGAUGGUGAUUCAGAUGACAAAGAUGGCACAAUAAUAAAACAAGCUGAAUUAGGCAAGAAAUUAAUCCAUCAAUUGCAAACAUUUAAAAAUAUGGGAAUGCCCAAGGAGAAUGGAAUCUCAUCGGGAGAAAAGGUCAAUGGUGAGGCAACAAACGGAACUGUAGAUGAGAGCGCUAAAAACAUGGUUACAUAUGAAUUGUAUUACUCGCCUGAAAAUACUAAACUUCACACUUUAGCUAAGACUAAUGAACUUGAUGAACGUAUUGCUGCCUUAGAAAAACUUGUUGGUACAGCUCAUGGUCAAAAUUUCGAGGAUCUUUCGAUUUCGAUAACGAAUACCAACCUUAUUGCGGCUAUGGAUAAGCUCGAUCAACAAAUGCAAAUUUUAGCACAGCCACGUCAUUUAGAAUCAGUUUCCCGAAAGGCUAAAACCUUGGUUGGAGAAUUGGAAAAAGUGAACGAGUUAAAAAAUAAAGAGUUAUCGAACGGCGGUAUCAUUACCUUUGAGACAGAGGAAAAGAUCAAUUAUCUUUUCGCUCUUUUGGAUAAAUUAGACCCUUUAAUGUCCAUCGCACCUGCCUUAGUUAAUCGUCUUAAAUCUUUACAACAGUUGCACCAAGAAGCUACUGUGUUUAGUGAAACUAUUAAUAUGUUAUCCGAUGAACAGAGUAAGAUUAGGGAAGAAUUGAAGAGUUUGGAUGAUGUUACCGAAAAACUUGAGAAAUCCUUUGAGAUCAAUGAUGCAACAGUGAAAAAGAAUGUUGAAAAUAUGGAUACACGUAUUACUGAUCUUGCACAACGCUUAGAUAAAUUGAUGGGAAAUCGGAAAUAA